AUGCGACUUCAACAGGGAAGAGAUAACACAAGUUCUAAUGAACUAGCGACAUUCUCUAAGUGGAUAUUAGAUGUUGGGGAUGGUAAGAUAUGUGAACCUAAUGAUGGAUUGGCUGAUAUAGAAAUUCCUCAAGAACUAUUAAUAUCCAGUUUUGAGGAUCCUAUAAAAGCUAUAGUCGCAAGCACGUAUCCCAAUUUGUUGGAAAAUUUCCAAAAUGUUGAAUUUUUACAAGGAAAAGCAAUUCUUGCCUCAACCAUUGAAGUUGAGGAAAAAAUCAAUCAUUAUGUAUUGGACAUGAUACCAAAAGAGAAAGAGUAUCUGAGUUUCGAUUCAAUUGAUAGAACUGAUACAAGUUAUAAUGAAGCUUAUGAAGUUCUAACUCCAGAAAUUUUUAGUAAACUCAGAACACCAGGUUUACCAAAUCAUAAGAUCAAAUUAAAGGUUGGUACCCCAAUUAUGCUAAUGAGAAAUUUGGACCAAAAUGAUGGAUUGUGCAAUGGAACAAGAUUAAUUGUUACAAGGUUAGCAAAUCAUAUUAUUGAGGCAAAAAUCAUGUCUGGAAAGAAUAUAGGUAACAUAUUCUACAUCCCUCGCAUGUCUAUGUCACCUUCUGAGUCACCGUGGCCAUUUAAGUUGAUUAGGAGGCAAUAUCCCAUUAUUGUCUCUUACACAAUGACAAUUAAUAAAUCCCAAGGCCAAUCGCUUGAUAGUGUCGGAUUGUAUUUUCCUACUCCUGUUUUUAGUCAUGGACAAUUGUAUGUGGCAAUUUCAAGAGUUACAACCAAGAGUGGUCUCAAAAUCUUAAUACAUGAAAACGAGAAUGCCCCCUCUUCUACCACUACAAAUGUUGUGUACAAGGAGGUUUUCCAAUCACUUUCUUAG